CUCUGAAUUGUUCCCUUAUGUGACAUGGCGUCUGAUAGAAAAGUUUCUUCGUAAACGAAUUCUAGCAUUAUUAUUGUUUUUAUGACAUCGAUUGGCGAAUCGGCUUAUUGUAGAAGCCACAAACAUUUCUUAGAGAUUUGCAUUGAUGGUAAUGCAUGCAAGGAAAACGCAGCGGAUGAACGAUGGGUACUUCGAGAAGCACCAAACCCAUCCUUAUCAGAGUUCGAAGUACAGUUCAUCAAAAAGCUAUGGAUCGAGUAGUGACAGAUAUGAAAGGAUACGUGAUUCGCCCAACGGGAAUUACAGAUCAGACAGUCCAGAUUCUCAGUCGCCCAGGGACCGUGAUAGAUCUUAUCAAUCUAAAAGCUCCUACCUACAGAAAAUCCGUGAAAAGGAGAGAGAAAAUAGAGACUAUAAAAUGUCAAGGGACAAGUAUUCUGAUAGUGCCAGGUCACCAAAGGAUAAGCGCAGCAUUAGAGAUUCUGAGCACAGAAUUAGUUCAGAUAGGAAUGAUGAAAAAAGCAUCUUGCAUCCGAUAAAGACGUCUCAGGUGUCUUCUAGAGAUAGGAAGCCGAUGCAUAAUAACUGUGUAGAUAAGCGGGAUGAUAGAGAUAGAGUCAAUAGGGUAGGCGAUUGGUCAGAGCACGUGAGUUCUUCUGGGAAGAAGUAUUAUUACAAUUGUAAAACCGAAGUAUCCCAAUGGGAAAAACCCAGAGAAUGGAUAGAGAGAGAGCGGGAACGUGAUCGUUUCAGAAGUAGAGACAGAGAUAGAGAAUCUGAACGAAAUUACAGUAGUUCCAGCCGUUCGACGCAGAGACAUGAGAAACAUUCCAACUCACGAGCGGCCAACAGUAGCAGUACUAGCAGUAAGGACCACGGCAGGAGCGCGGAAAGCGCCACCGGCAGCCGACAUUGGAGCAGCGGCAGUAGCAGAGAUGACGGCGACGCGUCCUCUAAAGAAUCGUCAAGACUGUCCCGGAAACACUCCGAGGAGAACAUACAGACGAGCCAAGACAUGGAUAUCUCGCCGGGAGAUAGUACUCCCACCUCUGAAGUUUCUUAUUCGACCAGUACAUCUCUACAGAUAAACGACCAAGCCGGCGGUGCAGUGGGGCCCGUACUGCUAGCGAACGCCCUACCAAAGCUGACAUCGCAUCCGAUCCAUGUCCCAUCGACGCUCGCCAUCUCCAGGUCAGAUCACGUGCUGUCGCUGUCGUCGCCCCAAAACACACCCGCCCCGUCGACGAUGACGGUCAGCAACGCGUCCUGCCUGCCGAUCGCCAUGACCAUGAUGACUAUGACGACGAUGACGACGUCGUUGCCCAGGAUGAUGUCUCAAUCGUCAUCAGAUAAUAGCUCGUCAGAUAAAUGUUUACACGUGCUUCAAAGGGCGGGGGUCGGGGAUAGUUCGGUGCUCACUACUCUUACUGUAGACACUAAUAAUCAUUCGGGUAGUGUAGUUGAGGGCCCUCCGACGCCCACUCAUUCCGAAACGCCGGAUUGUGCAAAGGCUGCAGUAGUACCUGUUAGUAGUCCCCCUGGCAGUUUACAAACCCUGCAAGGAGUGUCUAGUUCGUUACAAGCGUUAAGACCGCAGGGACCCACGAUUACACCAUCGUUAGCUAAUCAUUAUAGGGAUGACCUGGUGAAUCAUGUCCGGGGAUGGCCGGCCGAAUUGUUAGAAAAACAGGCGCAAAAAUUGGCUGAAGAGGCGCAUGUGAUGGGCAGUAUACAAUGUUCUAAGGUUUCGGCCGAACUCAAGUCUGCGAGGUCAAUAGUUCGACUUACUGAAAUUCAAGCAACUUUACAAGAACAGAGAAUAUUAUUUUUACGCCAGCAAAUAAAGGAAUUAGAAGAGUUAAAGUCACAAAAUUCGUUCAUGUCGGACGAUACUUAGUAGCGAAAUAUCACAAGAUUUAGUCGUAUGGUCAACAAAUCAACUUCAGUGGAAAAUAUAAUUUUUUUUGGGAUAUUUAUAUUAAUUGAGCGGUGUAAAAAUUUUCAACAUUUCCAAAAAAAAAGUCCUACUAGUUGGGCCUGUCUGGCAUUUUUAUUUAAUUUAAUUGAAUAACUAAAGACUAUCUAUCUCCUUAGGUAGAGUUAUGUGACCUUGUAUUUGUAUUAUAUUGGUUUUAUGUUUUAGAUUUAGAUAAAUUAAUAUAAUAUAGACCAUAGUUUUC